CAGCAUGAUAAAAAUUAGGGUUUUCUUUUGUGAUUUUUCAGGUACUUUGCAUUUGUAAUUGUUCAAUUCGAGAGGGAAAUGCGGGGAUAUGAUAGAGAUGAUUAUGGUCAGUCAGGCGACGAAUAUGAGGAUUAUGAGGAUGAUGAGGAUGGUGAAGAGUAUGAAGAGGAAGAGGAAGAUCCAAAGCCUACCAAGGAAGCAUUGGCAUACCUUGAGUUGAGACAACGCUUGAAAGAACAAUUACGAAAGAAGAAGAGUGGUUCUUCUUUGGCCAACUCCAGUAAUAAAAAGAAGGAGCUCCCCUAUGACAAAACAAGAAGGGGUCUGGAUCAACCUCUGCUGGAUCGAAAUCUGUAUCGAAUUUUGAAUUUGAAGACAAAGUUAUCAACUUGUUCAAAAAUUUCAUGGCCAGACUCGGCAAUUUUGACGAGUUGGUGGCCACUGGAAGCACAUUACUUGUCGACUUUCAGCAGGGGCUGGAGUUUCUUCGACGACCUCAGAUAGAUGAGACAUCGGAUUUGGUUAAAAACGUAAUCCGAGGUAAUGAAACAAAGAGGGUUAAGUCAUAUGUUGAAGCUGGAUGUCUCAACGCUGACGAUGGCAGGUGAAAUAUAAGCAAGUAGAAGUGCAUACAUGCCAACUUGGACUUUGUGACCAUCUAAGUAAAGGCAAAAACGUACUUAAUGAACUUGAAUGCCUCCUGGAGGAUGUAAAUGGCGCAAUGCGAACUGCAAUGGGAAAUUUACCCGACUUUCAGGAUGACAGUUUUGUGGACAGGUUGAAUGAAGAAGCAUGCAACGGUGACAAGGAGGAAUUUACGUCAUCCCAUCCCAAAAGAAAUGAAGUUACCGAUUAUGCUGUCGUGAUGGGGGUCAUUUACAGUAUGGUCAAACAAGACUAUAUGAUGCAGGUAAUUAAGCUCUCACCCUGUAUUCCCACUAUCUGUGCCCUUUGGUAUGAACUUUUAAAACAUCCAAUGUAACAACUUGAUGCAGGAGAGGAUCGUCUCUGCUCGUAAUCUCAAGUCAUCUUCGGGAGAAUUAGAGAGCUACUGCCUGAUGUGGUCUUUGCGUCCGUUCAUAAAUAAUGAAAUUAUGGAUUAUGCUUGGAAACUUAUUCCCUGAAUGUUGCGGGAAUCUGAAUGCCAAGGUUUGCUUACUGUCAGAUUGUUAAAUUAAUUGUCAUAAUUUAGUUUAUUUCACAAAA